AUGUCUGUCCUCCGCAAUAGCCGGACUGCCACUGUGCAGGUCCGUGGAUUUGCUUCCUCCUCCAACCUUCGAGUCGGACCAGAAUCCCCUCACUUCAUCGAUGUGCCGAAGAUUAUCCAGCCCACCAACCCCCGCAAGCCUCAUGUCAGGGGUACACUACCCGUGCCUCGCGAGCUCUUCCCGGCCCGCCGAGCGGACAAGCCCCGGAUACAAUACCUCAAUGCAGCCACACAACUCCCCAAGUCGGAACGCGUAGUGAGCCUCAAGAGCAGCAACCCCGAGAAGCAGGAAUGGAAGCACAAGAUGGCCGAUCUGCGGAGACAGAACCUACGGGACGGUCUGCGAGACCUGUACUCGCGCAAACGGUCCGCAGAUUCCAAGAUUUUCAGCCGCAGUCUGGAGAGUCAGAACCGGCGGGACCGCAUUCUUCAGCAACCUGAGCGUGAGGACGAGCGUCUCACUCGGCCAUCGGUUAUCGAGGCCAUGAUGCCUCACAAACAGCCAGUUUACCCCGACCCCAACCGCGAGGAACGCCUUGCGCUCUCUCGGGCACGUCUGGAGGCCAAGCAGGCACAGAAAGAGGCUGAGCGGAAGGAGCACCUCCAGUCGUUGUAUGUUAAUGCUCGCACUUUCAUUACAACUGAGGAGCAGCUCGCUGCUGAAAUUGACCGGGUAUUCCCCGAGGGCGAGAACCAGGCGUGGCGCAACGACCACCAGCCCGGCGAGAACAUCUGGAACCUGGGUACCCCCCAACUGUGUACAACCUUGCCAACAAGACCCGCUCCAACGAGGCUGUUCGCUGGGAUGUCUCUCAGGACCGUGUCAAGAAACUUGGCGAGGCACUUACUGGAGCUCAAUCAAGAGAUCCUUUGA